UAACUAAAUUUUAUAAUUACUAAAAUUACUAAAAACUGAAAAUAAAAAACCAUUUAUUGAAACCAAAACAAAUACAUAAAAAAAAUAAUUUCAAUUCAACGUGUAGGUGCCUUGCCUACCUUUAUUUACCUAUAAUUUUUGCUUAUUUUUUUAUCUCUUACCUUUACUAUACAUGUACAAUUCUAAGGUUACACCCAAUAUUUUAUUAUAAAACGUGCAUACCUACACCUAUACAAUAAAAAGUGAAAAAUAUAAGGUAAAAACGAAAAAACGGUAAAAAAAUUAAAUUGUAACAAAUAGAAAUACCUAUAAUACACAUGAAUACAAACAUAAUGCAAUAAUCAAAAAGGUAUGUGCGAGAAUAAUAUGAGAAAAAUUAUGUAAUUAAACGGUUAUAAUAAAAGAAACUGUUAAACAAGUUUGGUGUAAAAAAAUGAAAAAUUUUUAAUAAAAUAUUAAUAAAGAGGAAUCUUGUGUCAGAUAAACCAAUUAAUUAUACUUACUUAAUACCAAAACUUUUAAAUGCAAUAAUGAAUAUUCUUCAACACUGUUAAAACAAGGUACAUUUGUAUGUUAAUAUUUAAAUAAGUAAUGUAAUAAGUAAAUAAAACAAUUAAAAAUCACUACCCUUUCCUUUCAUUCAUUUCUGUAUUUGUCUCAUUAUUGAAUUUCUAAAUAAUUACUAAAAUGAAAAGUGAAAAAUAAAAUUAAAAAAUUGAAAUGACAACGAAAUAAAAUUUAAAUAAAAAUUUUACAAUUUCAAUAUAGCUACUUAAAAAAAAAGUGAAAAGAUUUUUUUGAUAAAAAUUUAAUUUAAAAACAAAAUGUUUCAAGAAUUUAAAACGAAAGUCAAAAAGUCACACGCAAUUUUAAAUCCGAAGACAACAAAUAUUACAAGUGCUUAAUUUUCAAUCUAGUAACUUAAAAAUGAAAAAUUUACAAAAAAAAAGUUGAUUAUUAAAAAAAUUAAAUAUCACAAAUUAUUAAGUGAAGUUAAAAUUCAUCUUUAAAUAGAAAAAAAUUCUAAUUAAAAAAAUUAUUUACAAUUUUUAUUUUAUUUUCAUUGAAAUCAAAAAGAAAUUAAAAAUAUUUUAAACUAAUCAUAUAAAAUCAAGAAUACCAUUCCAAUGUUGUCUUGUUUAGUGCCACCCCGUUUUGGACAAGAGGACAAAAUUACUAUGCCAUCAUCAGCAGCUGCAUUUUCAUUGCAAUUUCCUUUAACAUCUAGUCUUCACCGUCAUAAUAAUAUUAAAACUGAAGAUAAUUCACCAAUUGACAACGCACACAAUAAUAGCAGCAAUGAUAAUGAAUUUAUAUUUAAAUGUCCCCAAUGUCAUCAGAGAUUAUCUGGAUUUCAGGCUUUACGCGACCAUUUAGAAAUUGAACAUCCACAUGAUAAACAAAAUUUUCAUCAUUUACUACAACCACCCAGUUUUUUACAACAUUUAGGAAAUUAUACAAAUUCAACGUUACAUAAUAACAACAACAGCAAUAAUAAUCAUAAUUUAUAUAACAAUCAUCAUCAUCAUCAUCAUUCGCAACUAAAUGGUAUUGGUACAAGGGAUUUAACAACAGAUAAUCACCAUCUUCAUCAUCCUCAUCAUCAUUCUAGAAUAGAUAAUCUUAGCAAUAAUAACAAUAAUAAUACAAAAAACAAUAAUAGCAAUAGCUCAACGAUGAUACCACCAAUUGGCACACCAUCUCCGCCAAUUUCGACAACACCAACUCAACAUCAACAGCAACAACAACAGCAAACAAAUCAACAAACGGCAAUUAAUAACAGCCUUAGUAAUUUAAAUGAUCUCACAGCACAUUCGACAGGAACGGCAGCAAUGCAUUCAUCACAACAUUCAAAUCAUCAUUAUUCACAGUUUACAAAACAACAACAUCAUGCAAUGGCGAUGGCAUUGGCUGCAGCGGCAGCGUCUACACGUCAUAGUCAGCAACAACAGCAUCAACAACAUUCACCACCAAAUUCACUAUCAUCAUUAAAUGGAAUUAAUGGUUAUGAUGAAAAUAAUGGUGGUAGAUCAACUUCAAGUCCUGGUUCAUCAACAACACUUGGCGACUUAUGUGGUUCUAUAAACACAGGAGGACCACAUGCAUGUAAUCAAUGUUCGGUUUCUUUUCCAACCAGAGAAAUGCUUGAAAAGCAUGAAGUCAUACAUUCGCCCAACGCACAAGUGGAUCGAUUCAUGUUAAAUGAGGAACUUUUUCAAAUUGGAAAUAGACAAUAUAGCUGCAAAAUAUGUCACAAACAUUUUGCAAAUGUUUACCGUUUACAACGUCAUAUGAUAAGCCAUGAUGAAUCAGCAUUAUUACGUAAAUUCAAAUGUACUGAAUGUGAUAAAGCAUUUAAAUUUAAACAUCACUUGAAGGAACAUGUCCGAAUACAUUCAGGUGAAAAACCGUUUGGUUGUGAUAACUGCGGUAAAAGAUUUUCUCAUUCCGGUUCAUAUUCCAGUCAUAUGACAUCAAAAAAAUGCAUUAGUAUGGGUCUUAAGUUAAACAAUAAUCGUUCUUUAUUGAAAUUAGAGAAAAACUUAAUAAAUAACGGAAACAGCAAUAAUUCAUCUUUAAAUUCAAAACGUGGGGGCGGUAACGGUGCUGGCAGUAAUAUGAAUGGAUUAAAUAUAAUUGGAACCAAUAAUAAUGUCAACCAUAUGAAUAAUAAUAUAACUCAAAACCCACUUAAUUAUUUUCCCCCUGGUUUACCGGGUCUUCCAGGAGUUGCUGCUGCAGCAGUUGCAUUAAAUAAUAAUCCACUAAAUAGUACUAAUGGAAGUAGUAGCACAAAUGGUCCGUCGGGAUCUGGUCCUCCACCGAAUCCUAAUUUUUAUCCAAUGUUACCCAAAUAUAAUAAUUAUGAUGCUAUGAAUGCUGCUUUACUAUUCAACAAUCCAUUUUAUAGUAUGGCUGCAUUAGAUCCACGUUUGAAUCCAUAUGGAAUACAUAGACUUUUAGAGUUAUCUGCAUCAGCCGCUGUGGCUGGAAGUAGUGGUUCUAGUUUACAACAUAGCAAUAACGAGAUACGUGAUAAUAAUACCCGUACAAUGACAUCGAUAAAAGCAAACGAUGACCAAGAAGACAUGAUUGAAGAAGUUACAGAAGAAGAAAUACCCGAUGAGCCCAAACUAAUAAUGGAUUUGAGUGAAGGAAGUAUAAGAAAUGUAGAUGAAAUUGAAAACAAUGACGAUGAUGACGCUAAAAGUAAUUCAAGUGCAGGCAAUUUAUCACUUAAUAAUAAUAACAGUACUUACAAUAAUGAAACUAAAGAAGUCGAAAAUAAGUUAAAAGAAUCUUUAGAAGAAAAAACUAAUUAUGAACCAAAAAAUGAAGAACAUAUUGAGCAAAACGAUACAAAAAUUGCGGAAGAUAUUAAAAAUAUCAAACAGGAAAAAGAUGAAUCAAAUGAUACAAAUAAUGAACAUAACGAAGACUCAGUUCAACAUACAGAGCCUUCAAGUCCGCAAAUAAAAACUGAAGAAAUUCAAAACGACAAUGAAAAUGAUAAAGAAAAUCAACCUGAAAAUGAGGAAGAAGUCAAAGAAAUGAAAUCUUUUUACAAUUUGCAAUGUAGUCGAUGUGGAAAAGAAUUUAAUCAUCAUACUGAGCUAGUUCAGCAUGAGAAAGUACUUUGUGGCUUGCUUAAUAGCUUUUCAAGUCAUCAACCCUUACCAGAUCCAGAAGAUAAUCUUAAUUCUUUAAGUUAUGUUCAAUCUGGAAGUGAGGAUGAGGCCGAAGAUCGUGAAUCGAAACACAGUAGCGAAAACGAACGAAAAGUACGUGUUCGUACUGCUAUAACUGAAGAACAGCAAAUAGUUUUAAAAGAACACUAUGCAAUUAACACUCGUCCAUCACGGGAAGAAUUUCGUAUGAUUGCUAACCGCCUACAAUUAGAUCCUCGUGUUGUUCAAGUCUGGUUUCAAAAUAAUCGUUCUAGAGAACGUAAAAUGCAUAAUUUUAAUAUAAAUAAAAGCUUUUCGUCUCCUCUAUUAGCUCAGUCGCCUCCAACCUACAGUCCAAUACAAACAACAGUAACAGCAACUGUUCCCCCAACCAUAUCGACAACAGCAACGUCAAUAGAAGCGCCAGUAAAAACUUUACCAAGAGGUGAAGAGCAACCAUUAGAUUUAACAGUUAAAAAAGAUAAUAGAUUUCCAUUGCAACAAUCACCGUUAGCGACAUCACCACGAUACGGUGCUACGCCUUUGCAAAAUCAAUCAACUGCAAGUAACCCAGAAUUAGCAGUUAACUUAAGUAUCAAAUCAGAAACAAGUCCAACAUCUACGUCUUAUCGUCCACAACCAAUGUACUUUAGCUCUUCUAUGGCUCCAAUAGGUGGAAGCAAUCAAGUUCAACCACAACGACAACCAGUACCACCAUCAACUACUGGUGAUUUAUCUGCAAUGCUGAUGCGCCGUCAUCAUUCUCCGCUGCCAAAUGAAACAAUUCAUCCUUCACGUGGACCGCCAAAUCCAUAUUUAUUACCAGGAGCUGCUGCAGCUGCUCGUGGUCUUGUGCCGAUGGAAUGUCUUUUGCAAAUGGCCCCAGAAUAUGCAAGAAAUCAAAUAAUUGGCAGUCUCAAAUUAGAACGCCGUGGAAACAGUUUAAGUCCUGGCUCGGAGAAGCGAUCUUGGCGUGACGAUGAUUCUAGAGUAUCGCACGACGAUGAUUUUUUGUUGCACAGUAGUAAUAGUAGCGCUGCUGCGAUUAAACGCUUUAAAAUGGAGAUUAGCAACAGCUCACAGAACAAUAAUAAUAAUAAUGUUAACAGUAAUAACAAUAACCCUGAUUGUGAAUUACCUUUCGUCUGUGAUCAAUGUGAUAAGGCGUUCAGCAAACAAAGCUCAUUAGCACGUCACAAGUAUGAACACUCAGGUCAACGUCCUUACAAAUGCGUUGAAUGUCCAAAAGCUUUCAAACAUAAACAUCACCUAACUGAACAUAAGAGAUUACAUAGUGGAGAAAAGCCAUUCCAAUGCUGCAAAUGCUUAAAACGUUUUUCACAUUCAGGAUCAUAUAGCCAACAUAUGAACCAUCGUUACUCGUAUUGCAAACCCUACAGAGAAUAGGUUAGCGAAGCGUCUGCUUUGCUGAGUUAUCAAUUUCGUAAAUUGAAUUAUGAUGCAUUUUGGAGGCGGGCAGAUCAGAAAUUUUAAACGUAGCAGUUUUGUAAUAAAGCACUUACAUAAAGAAUGAGAACAACUAUAAAUAAAUUUUUAAGCGUACUUAAACUAAAAUAACUUUUACCCAACAUUAAAGUGCCAAAAGAGAAAAAACAAAAAAAAAAAAAAAAGCUAUGAAUUAAACUCUUAAAAAGAAUCAAAACAAGUUUAGAGAAUAUUUACGUAUGUUUUUGUAAUUUUAAAGACGGUCAAAAAUUCAUUAAGAUGUCAGAAUAAAAUAAUAACUUUUUUUUCAAGUGAUGUGCAGGAUCACAUUUUACCAAAAAAUUUUAGUUUUUUUAUUAUAUAUUAGUGAAA